CAGCCACUGGUUUAUACAAAACUGAUUUAAGUCAAUGGUCAAUGUCAAAUUAACAAUCAUAUGUCAAAGUAAAAACUUCAAAAUGGUGAAUGUUAUGAAAGGUGUGUUGGUGAAAUGUGAUCCUGCUAUGAAACAGUUCUUACUUCAUUUGGACGAAACAUUGAAAUUAGGAAGAAAAUUUAUCAUUCAAGACUUGGACGAACAUCACUUAUUUAUCUCUGCCGACAUUUUAGACACACUUCAAGUUAAAAUAGACGAUUUGAUGGAUCAAAUCAGCUUUCCUCUUGCAGAAAAAGGUGGUCAAUAAACUGUAUACAUAACCAUGACUAUUUCCAAGUCUACAUUACGCGGUUCCAACCGCAUAAG